AUGGAUCCAUCGGACGGUGUCGAUGGGGGCCGCGGCUCAGCACCCUCUGCGACACCCGAGGAGCACCCUGGGGCGGAGCAAUACACCUUCAGUGACGAUGAGGAGGAGGAGGACGACGUCAUCUCCGACGUGGAGGACGCUGCAGGCGCUGCGCGCCGCUCGAUCCGAGAACGUCUGUCGGUGAUGCCCGGGGAACCCGGAGCGGUGAAAACGGUCGGAGCGGAAACCGAGUCAAGCCAGCCGUUGCCUUCUUCCAACCCACCGUGUUUUUUCGGCAAACCCUCCGCGUUGCACGUGGAAGCCACUGCGGCUCUGCGGUCGUGUCGGCGGGCGCUGGGGCGUCCCAAGCUGGCGCGAGCGAUGGGCUCGGUGCGUCCAGAGCUCGACUUUGAUGACGUGCUGCCGGAUGAAUCUAGUGAGGCAGGCUCCACGUUGAGGGGGUCCAAUGUCCACUUCCACGUGAGUGGCUCAGAGUGUACCACCAGAAGCGGUUUGUAUGCCAAGCAGACCAGUUCCACGACCGAGCUGCCAACUCCGCUGAAAGACACCAAACUGGAGGCCCUGGAGGCCUCCGAUGGCCGGCCGCCCGUGCCGAAGUCGGUGGGGCGCUUCCAGAUCCUGCGGAAGCUGGGCAGCGGCUCGUACAGUGUCGUACACUUAGCCUUCGACAAGGAGGAGAAUCAGCUUGUAGCUGUCAAGUUCGAGUGGCAAAACGCGGAGAAGACCGACAAGCUCCUCAAAGAGGCCGCGUUGUUGGAAGUCUUCGGCUCCCGAAGCCCUCGGACCACCUCGAUGAUUUGGACAGGCACCAAAGGUGAAUAUGACAUCAUGGCCAUGAACCUCCUGGGCCCAUCGUUGGAAGAUGUCUUCAUGAAGAAGUGUCGAAGGAAGUUCAGCUUGAAGACCGUCCUCAUGAUCGGGGAGCAGAUGAUCGACUGCAUGGAAUUCGUUCAUUCGCACAAGAUUCUUCAUCGGGACAUCAAGCCGAGCAAUUUUGUCUUAGGCCCCAAAGGCCAACAGGAGAAGAUCUACGUGGUGGACUUCGGCCUGGCGAAGUCCUUCCGCGAUGGCCGGGGGCGGCACAUCCCCUGCGUGAAGAAGAGCGGCAUGACGGGCACCGCGCGCUACACCACGGUGAACCUCCAUCGCGGCUACGAACCCAGCCGUCGAGAUGAUUUGGGCUCCAUCGGAUAUGUCCUGCUCUACUUCCUGCGGGGUCAGCUGCCCUGGCAGGGGAUUAACCAUCGAGACAAGAAGAAGCGGAAGAAGCGCAUUGGGAAGAAGAAGACGGCCACCAUGCACCUCCCUCAGCGCAGGGUUUCCCAACGAGUUCGUGGAGUACUUCCGUUAUUGUGA